UCCUCCCCCUUCUACUCCAGAUAAGCCCUGCAGGCCUAAAGAACAGCCGACCAAGCCUCAAUUCAGCCGCCCGAGAGACGACAGGAUCAGCCCAUCGCUCUCCACCCUUGUUUCCGGCCUCUCCACCAACCCAACUCUGCUCUUCUAUAUAAGAAGUCUUGCAAAGGACAAAGUUUCCUUUUUCAAUCCAACAUCAUCUUCUCUUUUUUCUUUAAACAAGGAAAAAUACAACAACCGCCAAAAUGGUCAAGGUUCUUCUCUGUCUCUACGAUGGCGGCAAGCACGCCCAGGAUGUCCCUGCUCUCCUCGGAACAACUGAGAACGAGCUCGGCAUCCGCAAGUGGCUCGAGGACCAGGGCCACACUCUGGUCACCACCUCUGACAAGGAGGGCCCCAACUCCGUCUUUGAGAAGGAGCUCGUCGACGCCGAAGUCAUCAUCACCACUCCCUUCCACCCCGGCUACCUGACCCCUGAGCGCCUCGCCAAGGCCAAGAACCUCAAGAUCGCCAUCACCGCCGGUAUUGGCUCCGACCACGUCGACCUGCCCGCCGCCAACAAGACCAACGGCGGCAUCACCGUCGCCGAGGUCACCGGCUCCAACGUCGUCUCCGUCGCCGAGCACGUCGUCAUGACCAUCCUCGUGCUGCUGCGCAACUUUGUCCCCGCCCACGAGCAGGUCGCCAAGGGCAACUGGGACGUCGCCGCCGUCGCCAAGCAGGAGUACGACCUCGAGGGCAAGGUUGUCGGCACCGUCGCCGUCGGCCGCAUUGGUGAGCGUGUGCUGCGCCGCCUCAAGCCCUUUGGCUGCAAGGAGCUGCUGUACUUUGACUACCAGCCCCUGAGCGCCGACAAGGAGGCCGAGAUUGGCUGCCGCCGCGUCGACAGCCUCGAGGAGAUGCUCGCCCAGUGCGACGUCGUCACCAUCAACUGCCCGCUGCACGAGAAGACCCAGGGCCUGUUCAACAAGGAGCUCAUCUCCAAGAUGAAGCCCGGCUCCUACCUCGUCAACACCGCCCGUGGCGCCAUCGUCGUCAAGGAGGACGUCGCCGCCGCCCUCAAGUCCGGCCACCUCGCCGGCUACGGAGGUGACGUCUGGUUCCCCCAGCCCGCUCCCGCCGACCACCCGCUCCGCACCGCCGUCAACCCCUUCGGCUUCGGCAACGCCAUGACCCCCCACAUGUCCGGAACCUCCCUGGACGCCCAGAAGCGCUACGCCGACGGCACAAAGGCCAUCCUCGAGAGCUACCUGACCGGCAAGCACGACUACCGCCCCGAGGACCUGAUCGUCUACGGUGGUGACUGGGCUACCAAGUCUUACGGCCAGCGUGACAAGGUCAACAAGCAGUAAAUUUCUUCUCUCUCUCAUGAACAAGGAGAAACGAGUUGAAUAAAAAAGGAGCUUGAUGAUGAAUACCGACACACACACACACACAUACAACACACACAAACAAAAAUAAUGUCAAAACAACUAUAAAAUACGGCUCAUGGAUAUGAUGACUCUGAAUAACUACAAUGUAUAACUCUUGCAUAUCUAGCUACUAGCAAUACAUCUUUUUUUAUUUUUUUCA